AUGGCGACAAACCCUCUUAAGAAACCGAGACAUGAAUUGAAGACAGCGAGGAAAUAUUGUGAAGUGAAAAAAAUUCCAUUCACUGAAUCAAUUUAUGAUCGCCUCGAUUUAACCAAGGAUGCCAACUUGGAAGCGAUCAUCAAAGAAUGCUCCACGAUCGCCGAGAAGAAGAGUACACUUGAGGAGAAGCAGCAAUACGCAGAAAUUGCUAACCUACUUGCCGAUCCUUCAAGGCGAGCAAUUUAUGACACGACAAAGUCUGUUGAGUAUGUUAAUGCCGCGCAAACUCCCGGUGGAACUCACCACGCUCCUGGAAUGCAUAAGACAGUUCGCGUGCUUGUUGGCGAUGACAAGCUCAACAAGAUGAGGGACAUCUGGAGCUUGAAGCCGAAAGCCAAAGAUGUCAAUCACAUACUAAAAUGCUCAUUGGAGGACUACUACAAUGGCAAAAACGUUAAAUUGAAGAUCCAGCGUAAUCAGGCUUGCCCGACGUGUCAUGGUCGCAAAGCAAUAUCGCCAACUCAACUAUGUACUGCCUGUGCGGGAAAAGGAACAAUAAGAACUCCGAACGAGCUUCAAUUCAAUCUUCCUGUUGGCUGUCGAAAUGGUUACCGAAAGAGACUGAAGGGAGAAGGAGACUGCCCUGCGAAUCAGAUUCCAUCAGACAUCUACCUUAUCUGCGAGCAGAAAAAGCACGAUAUCUACACGAGAGUUGGGAAUGACCUGGUUGCAUCAAUCCAGAUCUCCUUUGGCGAGCAUUUGGUGGGCUGCUAUAAAUACCUCCGGCAUUUGAAAGAGACCAGUCCCCCUGGAUCGAAACUGAAAACCUACGAAAUGCUGAAAGUAAAAAUUCCGCCAUUUGAGAAGAAGCUUGUCCUUGAAGGAAGAGGACUUCCGAUCUUCGAAAAGCCUACUCAAUUUGGAGACUUGUUCUUGGAGAUCAUUGUGGAAAUUCCGAAGAAGUUCACUCCAGAGCAGCGCGCUCUGCUAGAAGAGUAUCUUCCCGAUGAAGGGGAUGUCGAAGAGGUUCAAUUCAUGGACGAUAUGGACGAAACGAUCGAAACCCACGAGCUUCAGCCCUUCACUGGAUUGGGCAAUGACAAGGUCGACAACUCCAGAGACGACCAAGAUCAAGUGCAUGAUGGCAUUGAAAAGUGCCCUGUUAGUUGA